GUUUACUCUUCAAUCAAUUAUUCACUGUGGUUGGUCAACAGUGCAAUGGUACAACUUCCCAGAGGAUCACAUCAGCUGUUUGUGUGAUGUGGCUUUUUAAUCUUAAGGCAUAGCUAUAUACUCAUUCAUCAACAUGAGUGUAUUUAUUCAUUUGCUCCUGGGUUUAGUUGCACUGCAUCAGUUUAUCAAUUUUAGCACAUCUGUGGAUGCUUCCAGACCACCAUGGAGACCUGCUGAUUAUAGGGUCAGGGGGGCUGGGACGAGGACGGCAAGAGCUGUAAACAGACCGAAACCCGUCAACUGUAGGCUGGCGAGCUGGUCACCAUGGACUCCCUGUAACUCCUGCACAGACAAAAAGUUCCGUUUCCGUUACAUGGAGAAACCCUCACAGUUUGGAGGCACAGAGUGCAUAGAGACGCUGUGGGAGCAGCUGGCAUGUCCGACAGCCACCUCACAGUGUGUGGUGCCGGAUCACUGUGGAGAGAGCUUCACUUGCAAAGACACAGGACGCUGUAUCAGCCAGUCACUUCGCUGUAAUGGUGAAUCAGACUGUGAGGAUUCUUCUGAUGAAGAUGAGUGUGACAAUUUUAACUUGAGAGACGACAAGUGUUCCAUCCUCCUGCCAAUCCCUGGAGCUCAGCGUGGCACUCAGGGCUACAACGCCUUGACUGGAGAAUUUGUGGAUCGUGUAAUUGAUCCAAGUUAUUUUGGGGGAAUGUGUGAAUAUGUCUAUAAUGGCGAAUGGAGGAAAUUCACCUAUGACUCAUUCUGUGAGAACCUGCACUACAACGAGGACGAUAAAAACUACCGGAAACCUUACAACUACCAUAGCUACCGUUUUGUGGCUCAAGCUACAUCAGAGGGCUCUCAUGAGUACUAUGAGGAUAUGGCGAGUCUGCUUAAAGCAAGGAAAACUAUGAAUUCCUACAAUGCUGGUGUCACAGUAGCGGUCUAUUACGUGCAAGUGGGACUCAAAGGAAGUAAAGAGUCUGAGUUUCUGAGCAACAUAACACAGUAUAAGAACCAGGACCUUGGGUUUGUCAGGCUUUGGUCCAAAGUGCAAACAGCCCAAUUCAAGAUGAGAACCAAUAAGCUGAUGCUUCAUGAAGAUUUCUACAUGUCACUGAUGGAGCUCCCGGAGCAGUAUGACUUUGGGAUGUACUCCCGCUUCUUCAACACAUUUGGCACUCACUACGUCACAGAGGGAACUAUGGGAGGAACCCUUGAAUAUGUCGUGGUUAUUAACAAAACCUCUAUCGCCAAGUCAAAGAUGGAGGGUGAACAAGUCGGUAGAUGCAUUGGUGGCUCUUUUGGAUUAAGCAAUCCAAUGGGUGUCUAUGGACAGGCAGAUCUCACAGUGGGUGGGAAUGAAUGCAAUAAAGACGGGAAGUUCAGUCAAGGAAAGGACUCCAGUUCUGUUGUGAUUGAGGACAUUGUGACUCUAGUGAAGGGAGGAGUCACGGUGAGCAGCAGUGGUCUGUUGGCUAUCAGGAAUCCAAAAACGUAUAGGGCCUGGGGAGCAACUCUGAAAUACAACCCAACGCUCAUUGAAUAUGAGACUAUGCCGAUCUAUGAGCUGGUGCGCCACAGCACAGCCGCCAAGCAUGUAGGUGCGAGACUGGCCAACCUGCAGAGGGGCUGGGAUGAGUAUCUGCAGCAGUUCGACUCCUGUCGCUGUGCUCCCUGCAGGCAUAAUGGGAUCCCAGUCCUCAAGGGCACCUCCUGUGAGUGCAUCUGUAAGUCCGGCUACCAGGGACAAGCCUGUGAAGAGACUCUCAGAAGAGAUACCAAGACAGAUGGGUCGUGGUCAUGCUGGGGGGCCUGGUCCUCCUGCACAUCUGGGAGGAAAACUCGAACAAGAGCCUGUAAUCAUCCCCCACCUGACGGGGGCGGAGCAACCUGCAUGGGCUCUUCCUCUUACACUCAGCGUUGCUGAAGUGACUCUCCUCCCAAAUUGUAGUGUUGAGAGAUAAGAGACAAUAAAGGUUUUUACAAACAAUGAAAAA